AAUUCAUAACAAGGAGGAGGAUUUUAAGACGAUUUUCUCUGUACCAUGGUGGCCUUACGUGGGACAGCCCAAAUCUAGAUCAUGUAAAGAGUGAGAAAACAAAUUGUUAUUUGUUUGUUCUAACCUUGGCCUUUUGGGAAGCAUGGAUAUUGGAGAGGAGGUGAGAGACGCCCUGCGACCAUUCUCAAGCGCUGCCAGCGAUGAUAAGCUGGAAGCCCUUGCCAGAGCCGCCAUUGCAGUAAUACUGGAAGAGAAAAGCGAGGAAUCGGCUCUAUCACCUUCCUUGGGGGGUGACAUAGUGCUGAUUAAACGCAGCUACUCGGCCCUGGUGUGCAUCUUCUUGGAGGCCGCCCGCACAGAUCUCUCUUCCCCCCAUUUCCUUGCCUUCCUCACAAACGACUGCUCUUUGCCCGCCUCCACUGCAGCCCCGCUCUGUGACCUCCUCGCCCAACACAAGCCCCAAUUGCGAAGGGCUCUCUUGCCUACUGCUAACCAUACUUAUCUAAAACGUCUCACUGGAGUUGAGUGGAGGCUCGAUUACUGCGUCUCCGCUUCACAGGAUAAGGGUCUGAAAGAGCUGCUCUAUUUUCUAGGGCUUAAGACACUUGAUGUGCAUUCGGCUAGCCCUUCAGAGGGCACGCUAGAAUUCGCUUGUACGGUGGAGCAGCUCCAGGAUCUGCUUGCGCAGCUCAAGGAUGCCUGUAAAGCACUUGAAAGGGGUUUCUGAUUCAUGCCUCAACUCUCUGUAAUUCAGCCACUCCAUCUAUUUAUGCUAGAUCAAUUAAUCAAUGGGUAUGAUUAUAUACCAAUCUUGAACUCUAUUUUUGAGAUUUGCAAACAUGGUGAUACUAGAAUGCAUACCAUAAUUUUUAAGUCACAGCCUUGCUACAUGACUGCUGGAGUUAUUUUCUGCCUUGUUACUAUGAACUAACUAUUUAAACUGAGUCACAAAUGCUCGCGUUACUAUUAACCUUGAUGGGAUAUUACUUAUUCUUAAAUUAUUGGAUUUGUCUUUUUUUGGUACUCCUGGGGUGUUUUUGCACUAGAUUACCUUAUUUUGUACUGUCAAAUUUAAGAACUUCAUUUAGCAUCAGAGGCUGCACUGGAUUACCUUAUUUUGUACUAAGUCGAAUUGAAGAACUUCAUUUAGCAUCAGAGGCUGCAGAACAUCAUUAAAAUGAAAAUCAAUAAACACUAGCAAGGAUUUUACUAGCUCUACUUGUUGACAAACAAAUAAGGUCCCAAUUAUGAACUUUACUAUUA